CAAAAUUACAGCACAGACCAAAACAUUUCCAGAAAGGUCGAGAGAGAAACAGCAGAAAAAAGGGACGAUUAUGGGGAAAGAUCUGAGCGACGAUCAGGUCUCAUCAAUGAAAGAGGCCUUCACGCUUUUCGACACCGACGGCGAUGGAAAGAUCGCCCCGACAGAGCUCGGGAUCCUAAUGCGUUCACUCGGCGGGAACCCAACCCAGGCACAACUCAAAUCCAUAAUUUCCGAAGAAAAACUCAAUUCCCCGUUCGAUUUCCCGCGAUUCCUUGACCUCAUGUCCAAGCAUUUGAAGCCGGAGCCUUUUGACCGCCAGCUCCGUGACGCGUUCAAGGUUCUGGACAAGGAUGGGACCGGCUACGUCGUCGUUUCGGAUCUCAGACAUAUUUUGACUAGUAUUGGGGAGAAACUGGAGCCGGCGGAGUUCGAUGAGUGGAUCCGUGAGGUAGAUGUUGGAUCCGAUGGCAAGAUCCGGUAUGAGGACUUCAUCGCUCGCAUGGUCGCCAAGUGAAAUGGUAACUCGCAAGUGCUGGCUGUAUUGUGCAUUCUUGUGAUGCUAGAACCCGAUCUACUACUACUAUAGUAGGCUUUAAUUUGGCAUUCUGAAGUGCAUUUUCAACUGUCUCCUAGUUUUUGCAUGUUUCGGCAGUUUGAAUGGGCAAUGUUUUUGGUUUAGGGCAUUUUAAAAAUCCAUCAUCAAUUAGGAUUUAGAAGUACUUAGCGUGUAUAGUUGAGCUGUACCCAAACCUAAAGAUUAAUGCUUUCCGUUUCUUGAUCUUUUGUUUUUUUAUUGAUUGGGCUUGGCAUUGCCCCUGCUAUUUAUAAAAAUUUGUACCCUAGAAUUCGACUUCA